AUGAAGAGAACUGGCUCUUCCAAACGCAAUGUGGAGAAUAUUCGACGAAAAAAUGUUGAAGACAAUCAAACAUUCUUGAAAAACCUUCUCAUGACUGAUGCUCGAAGCGAUUUUUUGAACUCGGCGCGUUCAGCUCUUCGAAGACGCGGCAAUGAUCAAACUAAAAAACAAGUGAAACCAGAAGGGCAAGAAAAAGAAUACAGUACUCGAUAUAGUGACAAAGUCAAGUCUGGUGAAAUCGGUGCGUUUGUACCUGAAUGGCAACGUCAACUAGAGGAGAAGAAGAAAGAAACAGAGAAGAGAUUAUUGAGAAAACAAGAUGAACUACUCGAUAGAGAACUACGGAAAAUCGAACAAGAAAUCCUAAAGGAAGAACGAAUCAAACUUAUUCGUGCACAAAUGCCUCCUCCUCAACCAUCGCGAUGGGUUUUAUAUUAUAAAGAUAGCUCGAAUGGAAAUCCUUAUGAACGAGUGUUCACACCUCGCGUGACAAAAGUUCGUCGACAAGUAGAGUGA